AUGGGUACGAAUAAUCAACAAACGAAUCUCAAGCUGUUACAGAUUAAUCUGCAACGUUCGAAGGCUGCCUCUACCGAAGCGAUGCACAUGGUUAACACCCAUGGCACAGACAUUCUCGUUGUGCAAGAACCUUAUUGUUACAAUAGGGAAAUUGCCCUAUUCGGUAAACUCAAUAUUUUCAAGUACUCGGACCCUAAUGAUAACCCUCUGACCGGCAUUAUUAUGGUCAACAGAAAUAUCAACGCCCAUCAGCUAACCCAGCACACAAGCAAGUACCACACCACAAUAAUUACCAAAAUGGACACGACUGCCAUUGCAAUCAUCUCAUUUUACUGCCCACCCUCCGAAGAUAUUACACACCCCCUGGAAAUGCUUCAAGACACUAUUGAGCAACUUAGUGGGAUACCGGUUAUGGUCGCUGGCGACUUCAAUGCCAAGUCUCAGGUCUGGCAUAGCCCAGUGGAGGACCCGAGAGGGUACAAGGUUAUGGAGAUGGUUAAUAGUUUGGACCUUCGGUCCAUGAAUACCAGCACCCUCGCUACCUACUCGUCUUCAACUGGGGAAAGCUGGGUCGACAUCUGCCUGGCAAACCGUCAUCUCAUCCCCUACGGGGUAAUGUGCACCACUCUCAACGUGCAAUCUGCCAGCGAUCAUCGGUACAUCGAGACCAUACUCAGGGCCGUUAGGGUGGACAAACAACUUUGUACCCGACAUAAGACCAACUGGAAGCUCUUUCAGGAUCAAAUCCGUUCAAAUUGGCUAUAUGGCCCGAUAAUGGACAUGGACAAAACCACACUUGAAGACGCUAUCGACAAGCUGCAAAAACUCAUCCUCGCGGCUUACCAUAACAACACUAAGGUCCACACGUCCAGGCAAUCCGCCCCAUGGUGGAACAGUCAGCUGACCACCAAAGAAAGGCCUUGA